UCUGAAAUCAAAUGAUAUUUGAAUACAGUUUGUAAAGAGUGAGAUUUAAAAAGUGCUGCGCUUUCUUGAUCACUCAAUUGUCUCCAUUGGUGUUAUUCAAAGAGGCUCUUAGUCAAGAUCUCUCUUGUUUGGCGUUGGUUGGAUCCCCACGAACCAUUUGCUACUCAAAAUAGAGUCGUACGACAGCUGAAAGACCACGUGUUCCGAUACUUCCCGAGGUGAGGAAGUAAAGUGAAAACCACUUCACCCAUAUACCGUUUCUGCCGAACCAUAACCACAUCGAUUAUGAAGACCUUGUUCGUCUUUUCUAUGGUGAUCUUGGCCAUUGGAGCCAAGCCUCAAGGUGAACCAGAGGGAACCACUAUUCAACCAAUUCAAGAGGAACAAGAGGAUGUGUUUGUUGAUCCAUCUUGCUAUUCCAUCACCGAUUGCCCCAACUACCACUUUUGUUUCUUCAACGCCUUCGGCCCCAAUUUCUGUACCACCAACCUGAAGGAGAAGGUCGAAGCGAUCUCUUGUGUAGCCAAGAAUGACGAUGGAGAAUACCCCGAUCACUCCAUCUGCCGCAAGGAACACGCUGAGAGAAGGCGAGUGACUGAAGACGAAAGCCCCUCAAGAUGCUACUCGGAGUUGGGUUACAAAUGCGCCAGUGCUUAUCAUUUGCCCUGCACUCCCAAUUACGACAAGGAGGGCAAAGUCAUUGAGGGCGAAGAGCUCUCGUGCCCCAACCAGUUCACUUGCGAGGAACGAAAAUAUAAGGAUGGAAAGGAUUUGAAGGUGUGCAUUCCCGUUGAACCCGCCACUCGGAGUUCCACUUGUAAGACUGCACCUGACUGUGGAUUCUCUGUGGAGGAGAAUGACUGGAGCCUCUGUGCUGGUGGCAUUUGUCGUCGUGUUGUGCAAAAAUAGAGACCGGAAUUUACUGACAAUAAAUAUCAUAACAAUGAA